AUGCAUCAAAAUAUUAACGGCCUAAUAAAUAAAGCCAAUGUAUUAACUGUUCACCUACAAGAUCUAUCGUCCUCUAACAAACCGAUUGAUGUACUCUGUGUGACAGAACACAACAUGAGCCAAGGCGAUGAAACUCAAUUAGCUUUAAGUAACUAUACACUUGCAUCACACUUCUCCCGCGGAAAUAGAAAUGGCGGUUCAUGUAUACUUGUAAAAAAUAUACAUAAAUACAAAAGUUUGUCAGACAUAUCAGAUAGUAUAUCUAUAAGUAAUAUAAUAGAAUGCUCAGCCAUUGAACUAACCGAGCAUAAUAUUAUCAUAAUAUGUAUCUAUCGCGUUCCUAAAUAUGAUAAAGCGUCAUUUAACAUCUUUUUUAAUAAACUAAAUGACCUACUGUGUAAAUUAAACUGUAACCGCAAAAAUGUAAUAAUUUGCGGUGACUUUAACAUAGAUAUAAUGAUCAGAACGAGACAAAGUAUUGAAUUUAACACUCUGAUAUCUAGUUUUAAUCUUAAGUUUGCAAUAUCUACCCCUACACGAUUACAAAGCAACACAUGCAUCGAUAAUAUUAUCCAUAAUAUUCGAGGUGUAAAAUCUGAUGUAAUAGAUCUAGCGAUCUCUGACCACACUGCCCAGAUUCUUAAGUGUCCUGUGAAACCUACGUGUAUACUAUCUCACUGGUUCAUACUAAAAAGAGAUUUUAGCAACAGCAACGUUCAAAAAUUCAUAAACUGUUUAAAAGAGUUGAGCUUUGCCGAUGUAUACAAAUCAAAUGACCCCAAUGAAGCAUAUAACUGUUUUAGCGACCAAUUUGAACUAUUUUAUAACUUAUGCUUUCCAUAUAUUAGACUUAAGAUCUCAGCAUUAAAUAAGCCGAAGUGGGUUACAAAAGGCAUACGAAAGUGUUGUAAAAGAAAAAGGACUAUGUUAUGGAAAUGUAGACUAGAGCCAAACAAAAGUAACAAGAGCGACCUUAAAGUAUACUCUCAACGACUUCGGAAAAUUAUAUUGUCAACACAAAAAGUACAAAACGAUUUUUACAUAAAAAAUUCAGCAAAUAAAUCCAAAGCCACCUGGAACAUCAUACAAUCGUCAAAAAAUAAACGCCUUAAAGAUAAUAUUGCUGAAAUAAUUGUUGACAACGUAUCUAUUACAGAACCUACUCAAAUUGCCCAGAAAUUUAAUGACUACUUUACCGACAUUUGCGAUCUAGACCAAUUGAAUAGGACACACCUAAGCGAUGAAAAUAAUUUGAAUGAUAAUGUAAUUAAUCCCAAGAUGACAAUGACAUACAACUCAUCCAAUUCUAUGUUUAUGAAACCAUCGACUCCUGAUGACAUAAGAAUACUAAUUAAUUCCUUAAAAAACUCUAAAAGUACCGGUUAUGACGGCAUAAACACAGUAAUAAUAAAAAAUGUCGCGAAUAUAGUUUCAUCACAAAUAAGCCACAUAGUAAAUCUAUGUAUAGAAUAUGGACUGUACUGGAUACCAAAUGUGGAUACAGUCUGUGAAUGA